AGUGGAUUUGGAGGGCAGCUGUAUGCAUUUCAGCUAAUUGGGCCUCAAUAGUUGCCAGACUUCUCUCCUCUCUAGCUCUCUCUUUCCCUCUCUCUCUCUCUCACUCCCACUUUCUAGCACUGGAACAGCAGCAGACAGAGGAGUGGAGGUUCUGUGCUCUCAAUGGGAUUUUAAAAAGCUAAGGUGCUGUUUUCCUGGUGAAAGAAGCUUUCCCUAAGCAGAGGUGUAACCGGCAUCAGCGCGGGUCAGCAGGACUUUUUUGGACUGCACAAGUGUUGGUUUUGGAAGGAGUUGCCUGCCUGUCUUGCUCUUUGGUUGCACUCAUUACCCAGUGGAAAUGGAUGGUGUGAACAUUCAGCUUCAGAGGACCGGUACUCACUGAGAUCCAUCUCCAGCUGUCGCCCGGAAUUAGCUGUGUGCCGUGAAAGGGGACCAGCCUCUGCUCAACUGCCAACCUCUGUCCUUCACACCCAAAUGCUGUGUGCCUGUCGUCGAGCCGGCCUUGUCUUGUGAGCUAUGGCCUUGUGUUGAAGGUCGGGCCUGCAUUCAGGGGCCUCUCCUGGUGCAACACUUCUCCUGCGGCCCCAACAAAGAGGCAUCCCUUCUUGCUCUCUCUCUCUCUCUCUCUCUCUCUCUGUCUCUUUCUCUCUCUCUCUCUCCUUAGGACCCAAAUGAUCAACUGCAGACAGUAUAAAUGAGAGAGGAGGAGUGGGUGUUUUUUGAGCGUCUUCAUGCGCUUGUGUUCCCGGCGUUUGCCAGCGGGAUAUGAGCGUUCUGGGCGCGAGGAAAGACGACGUGUUGAAUCAUCCACCUGCAGUAGCAGCAGCAGCGGCAGCAGCUGGAGGAACUCUAGACUCCCGUGAAGCCAUGCAGUCAGAGGAGCUCUUCAACAGGAAGCUGAAAUCCUUGAACGGCAGCAUGGGGCCUCCGGCCAACACCACGCAAAGCAAGUCCGAGGGGGGAGGCAAAGCCAACGGGACCACCCCCGCCAUGCCCAAGAUGGGGGUCCGAGCGAGGGUGACCGACUGGCCCCCGAGGAAGGAUGGAUGGGAUGGCCGGUCUGGUCCCAAUUAUGAAAGUGUCAUAAUGGCAUUUCAGAACGGGCAGCCAGACCAACGCAUGGAGAUGAGCGAGAUGGAGGAACCAACUCUGGACUCUGAUUACCCCGAGGCUAAGUACACGCUGAGUGACCUCCUGAGCCGCUCGCCUUUGAAGGGCCUCCACCCCAUCCGCCAGAGGAGCAACAGCGACGUGACUAUCAGCGACAUCGACUCGGAGGACCUGAUGGACCAGAAGGCCGUCAAUCCAAACACUGGCGCCUCGUUGCACCGAGAAUACGGCAGUACGUCCUCCAUCGACCGGCAAGGACUGUCUGGACUCUCUGGACUCACUGGUGAAGGCUUCUUCACCCUGCUGAGGGGCUACCGGGUGGACACCUUGGACCACCGCGGCAUGCCGCCCCUGGGUUUCCCAGAGCUCCUGCGCUGUGAGACGGCCCUUUCGCCCAGCCUGCAGACGGCGGCGCAGAUCGCCCGUGGGGAGAUUGUGCGCAUCUCCAACUACGACUACGUGGACAGCUCCUUGCUCUACAGUCGCGAGCGGGAGAAGUCCUUCAUGCGGCGCCUCAAGUCCGACUCGUCCGAGACGACAUCGCUGUUCCGUAAGCUGCGGACGAUUAAGAGCGAGCACGACGGCCUCCGACUCUUCAUGGAGGACGACCGGCGGCCAUUCAGCUUCCAAAAGUGCUUUGCCCACUACGAUGUCCAGAGUGUGCUGUUCAACGUCAGCGAGGCAUUGGCCAGCAGAGUCACCCUUGCCCAGAGGAAGAACAUGACGACCGGAGCCUCGGCCGCCUCACAGUACCAGGUCUCCGGAGGAAUGCCUGGGGCAGGAGGUGGAGGAGGAGGUGGAGGUGGAGGCGGGUUGGUUGGAGGAGGAGGUGGAGGCGGUGGUGGAGGAUUAGGAGCAGUUGCCUGCAGUAGCAUGAACACACCUGCGUCCUUCGAGUCCCCCCUGGGUAGUCGCGAGGACUUGAACCCCAAAGAGAACUUGGACGCGGACGAGGGCGACGGCAAAAGCAACGGACUAGUGCUCACCUGCCCUCACUUUCGCAACGAGGUCGGCGGUGAAGGGGAGAGACGGAUCUCCCUCUCUAGAGCCAACAGCACGACCUACAACAUCGGUGGCGAGAGCUGCUCGUUCGAGUCGUCCCUGAGCUCACACUGCACCAACGCUGGCGUCUCGGUCUUGGAGGUGCCCCGAGAGAACCAGCCCAUCCACCGGGAGAAAGUCAAACGCUACAUCAUCGAGCACAUCGACCUGGGAGCAUACUACUACCAUAAGUACUUUUAUGGGAGAGAGCACCAGAACUACUUUGGGGUAGAUGAGAAUCUUGGGCCUGUGGCUGUAAGCGUCCGCAGAGAAAAGCUGGAAGAUAACAAGGAGAGGGAGGCGAGUCAGUACAACUAUCGCAUCACCUUCCGGACCAGCCAGCUGACCACUCUUCGGGGAGCCAUCCUGGAAGACGCGGUGCCCUCCACCGCCCGGCACGGCACUGCCCGCGGCCUGCCAAUAAAGGAGGUUCUGGAGUAUGUAGUCCCUGAGCUGAACAUCCAGUGCCUGAGGCUGGCCCUCAACUCCCCCAAGGUCCCUGAGCAGCUCCUCAAAUUGGACGAACAGGGGCUGAGUUUCCAGCACAAGGUGGGUGUCCUGUACUGCAAGGCUGGCCAGAGCACAGAGGAGGAGAUGUACAACAACGAGAGCGCCGGACCGGCCCUGGACGAGUUCCUGGACCUGCUGGGCCACAGAGUGCGCCUCAAGGGUUUCACCAAGUACAGAGCCCAGCUGGACAACAAGACGGACUCCACGGGCACACACUCCCUCUACACCACCUACAAAGACUACGAGCUGAUGUUCCACGUCUCCACCCUUCUGCCCUACACCCCCAAUAACAAGCAGCAGCUGUUGAGGAAGAGGCACAUAGGAAACGACAUCGUCACUAUUGUUUUCCAAGAGCCUGGCUCCCUGCCUUUCACUCCCAAAAACAUUCGCUCCCACUUCCAGCAUGUGUUUGUCAUCGUCAAAGUCCACAACCCCUGCACAGAGAAUGUGUGCUACAGUGUGGCUGUGUCUCGAUCGAAAGAUGUGCCUCCCUUUGGUCCUCCCAUCCCCAAGGGCGUAACCUUCCCAAAGUCCGCCGUGUUCAGGGACUUCCUGCUCGCCAAGGUGAUCAACGGCGAGAACGCGGCGCACAAGUCGGAGAAGUUCCGCGCCAUGGCCACGCGCACACGGCAGGAGUACCUGAAGGACCUGGCGGAGAACUUUGUCAGCACGGCCACCGUAGACUCGGCCGUCAAGUUCAGCUUCAUCACCCUCGGCGCCAAGAAGAAGGAACGCAGCAAGCCGCGCAAGGACGCUCACCUGCACAGCGUGGGAGCCAUCACCUGGAGCGUGGUGGCCCGUGACUUUGGCCACUCGGCCGACGUGAGCUGCCUGCUGGGCGUCUCCAACGAGUUCAUCGUGCUCGUGGAGGAGGACUCCAAGAACGUGGUGUUCAACUGCUCCUGCCGCGACGUCAUCGGCUGGACGUCCAGCGUGGGCGCCGUCAAGGUGUUCUACGAGCGAGGCGAGUGCGUCAUGUUCUCGGCGCUCGAGCACUGCGCGGAGGACAUCCAGGAGAUUGUCCAGCGACUGGAGAUUGUGACGCGGGGUUGCGAGACCUCGGAGAUGACUCUGCGCCGGAACGGCCUGGGUCAGCUGGGUUUCCAUGUCAACUUCGAGGGCAUCGUGGCCGACGUGGAGCCCUUUGGCUUCGCCUGGAAAGCUGGCCUGCGACAGGGCAGCCGCCUGGUGGAGAUCUGCAAGGUGGCAGUGGCUACGCUCACCCACGAGCAGAUGAUCGACCUGCUCCGCACCUCCGUCACGGUGAAGGUGGUCAUCAUCCAGCCCUAUGACGACGGCACUCCCCGCAGGGGCUGUUCGGAGCUCUAUCGCAUCCCCAUGGUGGAGUAUAAGCUGGACAGCGAGGGCACACCCUGCGAGUAUAAGACGCCCUUCAAGCGAAACACCACCUGGCACCGCGUGCCCACACCGGCCAAUCAGGCAUUGCCCCGCGGGUCGCCCACCCAGGGCCCUGAGCGGCUGCAGUGUCAGCAGAUCCUGCAGCACACACAGUCCUCCGCCAUCCCACGAAGCACCUCUUUCGACAGAAAGCUGCCCGACGGGCCCAGGACCAUGCAGGACGUGGAGCACCCUCAGAUGGCCUCGUGUGGUAAGGGCGACCCCAGAGAGCACUACCGCAGCUCCCCCAGCAACCAGUCCUCCUCCAGCGACCCCGGGCCCAGCGGCAGCAGCACCUGGGCCCAGCAGCCAGGAUAUGAUGGGUGCCAGUCCCCAGUGCUUCACGAGAGGGCGGGCGAGGGGCAAGGCACGAUGGGAGAGGGAGAGGGCUUACGGGAAAGAGAGCACACACUGGAGCGGACCAGGUCUGCGGAGGCUAAAUGGCACAUCCCCUCCACCAAGAUCCUCAACUCCCUCAAAGAGAGGGGCAAGGACUCCCCCAACAAACUGAGUCGUACCGGCGACAAGAACUCCAGCCACUCCAGCAGCAACACGCUGUCCAGCAACGCGUCCUCCAGCACCAGCGACGACAAGCACUUUGGCUCGGGUGACCUCAUGGACCCCGAGAUGCUGGGCCUCACCUACAUCAAGGGCGCGUCCACCGACAGCGGCAUCGACACAGCGCCCUGCAUGCCCCCGCCCUCCUCCGGUGGGGCCGGGGUGCCGGGGGCAGGAGCGGCCGCAGGGGCAGGGGCAGCAGCAAGGGGCGCCUGUGCCCGUGUGGCCCUCCAAGGCAGGGGGCUGGAGCAGGGUCACCCGUCCUGGGCUGGAGGAGGAGAGGAGGGCGCAGCGUUGCCAGGCGAGGAGCACGGAGGGAAGCUGUACCUGCCCCAGGGCUACGCGGCCGCGCUCGUGGCGGGUCACGUGACCGACGGGAGCAUGGGGGACCUCAGCGAGCUGUCGUCCCACUCCAGUGGUUCCCACCACUCAGGCAGCCCCCGUGCGCGGGGAUCCCUGCACAGCGUCUCCCCCGACCUCCACAGGUCCCCCCUCCGCGCUGCGGGGCCCAGCCCGGGCCCCGGGGCCGCCGCCACCGGACAGGAGGGCCACACGCACGCGCGCAGGAAACGCACCGAAGACAGGCCCAGCCUCACGGAGCCGCCCAGCCUGUCAGGGUGUGGGCAGAUGUACGCCGCCGAGAUGGCCAGCAGGAUGCGGGAGAGUGAGCGAGGGAAGCUGCAGCCGGGCAUGUCCAAGGAGGAGUACCUGAAGAUGAUGGCGCUGCCGGACAGCCCGCCCGGCGAGGAUGGACACAGGAAGUCGUCUGCGUCCGGCAGUCUGUCCCCACGGCGUUCGCUCUACCGCACGCUGUCGGACGAGAGCGUGUGCAGCAGCAACAGGAAGGGCUCAUCCUACUCCAGCUCGCGCAGCUCCAUGCUGGACCAGGCGAUGCCCAGCGACAUCCUCUUCAGCUCCACGCCAGCCUACCACAGCACGCUGCCCCCCAGGAUGGGCAUCUGCCAGCCCAGCUCCAACCUCAGGAAUGAGUUCUGGUUCUCCGACGGCUCCCUCGCCGACCGCGCCAAAUUCACAGACCCGGGGCUCAUGCCCCUGCCAGAUGUGGCCUCCGACCUGGACUGGUCGCACCUGGUUGAUGCAGCACGAGCCUUCGAAGACCAGCGUGUGGCGUCCUUCUGCACCAUGACGGACAUGCAGCGGGCCGAGGCUUUGCAGAUCUCUCAGGAGUUGACCAGGAGGGUGGCCGCCGCUGAGGGAGCAGCACUGCAAGCAGGGGAAACCUCUCCUGCCACUCUGACAGGCAAAGUCAACCAGCUGGAGGUGAUUCUGAGGCAGCUGCAGUACGACCUGAGAAAGGAGAAGGAGGACAAAGCCAUCCUGCAGGAGGAGGUGCAGCACCUGAGGCAGGACAACAUGCGGCUGCAGGAGGAGAGCCAGACAGCUGCCGCCCAGCUGCGGAAGUUCACUGAGUGGUUCUUCAACACCAUUGACAAGAAGCCCUGAGCCACAACCCCCCCCCCCACACACACACACACACACACACACACACACACACACACACACACACACACACACAUACACCUCUAUUCAUCCCCUAGGACAGGGAAGAGGAACCUUUAGGGAGAACCGCUGAAGGAACCCUUGAAAGUAGACAUCACUUUUAUAGAGAAAGAAAAAGGCCUCAAGGCCAAGUCGGGGUCUCACAGGCACUCAGCUACCCCUCUCCCCCAAACACACACACACACACACACACACACACACACACCACCAUCAUUAUACCAGAGGAACUGUCUGCUCAGAGAGAUCUUGAGACGUGCUGAGGGAAAACUGCCUGUGUGUGUGUGUGUGCCUUUGUGUGCUCACAAGUUGUGUGUGUGUGUGUAUGUGCGUCUGCGUCUGUGUGUGUGUGUGUGUGUGUCUGUGUCUGUGUGUGUGUGUGUGUGUGUCUGUGUGUGU